GCUGAAGGCCGAAGGCCUUGCGGGGGCUGGGUCGCAAGGAGAGAACUUCCAGUUCGACCAGGAGCAGCGCCUGAGCCGCGAGCUUCUGCGACAGAUCCUGCAGCUCAAGCGCUUCACCCUCUUCCGGGAGGACAUCAGAGAUCUGGUGGAGCUCACCGUCGGCAAGAUGGAGAUGUACCACCUGGUGGCGGCCUUGUUCAUGGAGUCCUCGAUGGCAUUGUACUUCGAGGGCCGCAUCCACCACGCCUCCCCGCCCUUCCUGCUGUCCCUGCUGUACAUUUCCAUCGCCUCCGCCUUUAUGUACCUCCUGUUGGCGGUGUGGCUCAGCAUGCACGCCUCCAUCUGCUCCCAUAGCUUCGGGGUGCGCUUGCUCACGCGCUUUGUCCGGCUGCCAGUGCCGGGCCUGGAGCAGAUGGGGGCCAUGAACGCGCGGCUGGCGGACUUCGAGAAGCAAGGUGUGAAGGGCAUGCUGCGGGUGCCGGUGGUGGGGGGGCGCCAAGACUGGGUCCAGCGUCAGCCGCAGCUUCCCGCGCUGCGAGAGGAGCCUUCAGGGACUCCGGACCUACUGGGUGAGGGCAUCAAGGCCUGGAACAAGGACGACAACAUUUUGGGCUCGGCCCAGGCUGGCACGCUCAGCAAGCACGUGGACCUCUACCGGCGCCUGCAGUGCAAGUGGCAGUGCUUCGAUGCCUACGCGCGCGUGUGCAUGGCCUUGGGCGCAAACCAGCUGAUUCUGGGGCUCCAGUACUACUUGGUGAUCACCACCCUCAUCCAGUACCGGUGCCCCAGUGUGUGCUUCACGCUGCUCACCAGCUUCUGCUGCGGCGGCCUGGCCUUGGCCUACCUGGACCUCGCCGGGCUUGGCGGGGCGAAGAUUUGCCUGCUGCAGCUGAUGGGCUCUCUGCCGGUGUGGAUUGCAGCGAUCAGCAUCGUCAGCGCCAAGAAGACAGAGGAGGGCAUCCCUUUGUCGGACAACGCCUACCCGGUGAGUCCCCUCGCCUUCUUCCUGAACCUCCUGUGGUUCGAGGGCCUGCUGCGGGUGGCCUGGCCCAGCGAUGACGAGGCGACGCUUCCGCGACUCUUCCGCUCGGUGAUCUUUCUGGACGUUUUCGAGGACAUGGGUCUGGACGAUGAGGCCAACAUUGACCAGCAACAGAUCCGGCGCCAGGGCAGCAUGGCGAGCGUCGGGGAGAGUUUGCGGCCGGAGCCGCUGCAGAAAGAGGAGGUGAAGAGCGCGGACAAGGCCCUCUUCGCGGCCCACUGGGCGCUGCGGAGGUGGGAGGCGCUGCCGGAGACUUUGCCGGGCUUCACGGCGGACAUGAAGCUGCAGCGCUCGCGUAUCCGGCACAAGUACGACCUCUGGCACGAGACCUUCCUCGGAGAGCUCUCGAAGCGUAGCAAGGCUGGCUCCGAGACGGCGGUGCUUCAGGAUGACCCUAGGCCCUGGCACGCCCUGGACGAGGACGAGAAGGAGGAGGAUCCCUUCUCGGGGUCCCUGCUGGGGCCGUUCACCGUGGACAGCCGGCCCGUCUACUACAAUCUGGAGGCGGGGGAGAUCGAGCGGGGGUCGCACCGGAAUGUGGAGGUUCUCGCGCUGAGCGAGGUGCAGUCCAUCGUGGAGGCCGCGGAGGCAAAGGUGCGGCGCCUGCUAGGCACCGCGGCUGCGGCGCGCGGCUCCAGCUCCAGCGAGACGGACUCCGAGUCCAGCGAUGGGGUGCAGAGAGGCCGCAGCUUCAUGCUGGGCACCACCGGCGGCAAGUGGAUACCGCAGAUGGACAGCACCCAGCGGCUCCAGAGACUGCCUUGGAAGGUGCUCUAUGGCUGCACUCGUGGGCUGCAGGUGGGGUGGUUCAUCAUGUUCUCCGUCAGCUUGCUGGAGGAGUUCGGACUCUUUCAGCUGAACGUCCAGGUGAUGGACGAGAAGGAGAAGGAGGAGUCAGAAGAGAAGUCGGAGCUGGAGAAGCUGUUGGUUGAAGAGAUCAACGACGGCAUCGCCAUCUCGGAGCCCACCCACCACCGGCGCCUCACCGGCAGCAUCUGGGAGUUCCGAAGGUGGCCCAUCCGAUGGCCCCAGCCGGCCUUCUUCCGCCCGGAGGUGGUACACUGCAGGCCUGGCCGGGACAUUCCGAAGCUGAUUGUGGGCACGGCCUACCAACUUUACCAGGUGGUCUCCAACUCCUCGCGCCCGACCUUGGACUUGGAGGCCGUGUCGGGGCUGAAUGCCUCGGCGGCCCUGCUGUGCGAGAACUCGGAAGUGGGCUGCCUACAAGCGUCCCUCGCCGCCGGCGGACGGUUUCUGCAGCUCACGCGGCACGCGGACGGCAACACCUUCCGCGCGGAUCUGGAGAUCUCAGGCACGGCCUGGAGGAAAGUGGCGGGAAUACAGGUGCCCUGCGCCUCGCUGGGCAGCUUACUGGCCUCCCUGCCUGCUGCGGGCCCUGCGGGCCCUGCGGGCCGGUGCCUGCUGCUGGCGGCCUGGGAUGGUCAGAAGCUGCCGGUGUCGGUGGUGCCGGAAAGCGAAAACACGUGGCCCGCCCAGGUCGCGCCCAUCUUCGAUGCCCCGCUGAAGCUUCCCUCGGCGAAGGCGCGGCGCUUGUCCAGCCCAGCUGGAGAGGUGCUCUCUCUGAGCCUCGAGCAGUCUGAGGGCAACCUCCGGCUUUGGGCGCUGCUCCCUGGAGAGCUCUGGGGAUGGGACCUCCUCUCUGCGAGGGUCCUGGGGCGGUGGCCGGUGCCGGGCUUCGGCAGAGGCUUUGAGCCCACGGCCAUUUGUGCAGGAGCAUUCAGGCCUGGGGACCCGGCGGCAGUUGAGAGCUCAGGCGUCAGCUGCUGCUGGCCGGGCGCUCCUUCCCAGCCGGUGGCCAGCCCGGCCCGGAGCUGCUCGCCGCCGACCUCCCGCGCCUCUGAGCAGCCGACGGGCGGAGGACGUGCGGAGAUCUUUUCUCACACGGGACACAUCGAUGCUGAUGGGAACGGAACCCAGGUAGUCCCCUCGACUCGAAUCCUGGUGUCGAAGGCCUGGGAGUUUCUGGUGGGCCCCAAGGUUCCCGAGGCGGGCUGGGAGGCCUCAGGACACCCCUCCCUUCGGAUCACCAAGGCAGUGAGGGCGGAGGUCUUUGUGGACGCGGGCCAGGGGCUGAGAGUGAAUUGGGACAGGCCCCAGCUCCUGGGGCACUUCGAGGUAGACCUCGUGAUGUUGGCCAAGAGCGCCCGAGCACCCGGCUGCGGGGGCCGGGGGGUGGGAGCCAAGGAGACAGUUCAGCGGCUAGAGAGCCACCUCUUCAUCUCCCAGGAUGCAGACCGAAAUGCCUGCAACGUGGGCAAGAAGAAGCUGACGCUCCAAGUCUCCUGGGCCCAGCGGGGCUCCGCGCUGCGGCGCCGGGGCAAGGAGCUCGACCAGCUUGUGCAGCCUUUGCUGGAGGUUGAGGUCCCCGAGGUGGAUGCCUUUGAGUUGGCGUUUCUCGACGACCUGGGCCCGGCCGAAGAGGUCGACAUGCAGAAGAAGGGCUGCCGAAGUUGUGCGCGGAAACUGCGGCAGGACUGGGAUCAACUCAAGGAGGAGCUCUCCAUGCAGCAGUGGGCCUCCCGCCAGCUCUGGCAAGAGCGCGGCACUGCGCCGGAGGAGGUGGCACCGCUGCUGGUGCCACCCCAGGAGCUGCUCGCGGAGCAGCUGGAUGCUUGGCGCGGCAGGCUGCACGAAGUGGAGAAGAGCCACCGUGAAAUGAUGAGGACGCGGCCGAAGUCGCCCAGGCUAAGCACUGAGACACCGCGCCGGGAGCGGCACAGGCUGGGCCGGAGCCGCUCCGAAGGCCUGCCGUCCAAGGGCCAGGCCAGCACACAAGGAUCCACCCGGGAGCCGAGCCUUCGAGGACACACUCGACGUGACCGCCAAAGGCGACCGCGAGGCUGCUUCAGAGGUGAGUCGCUUCCUGCGGCAGCACCGCUCUUUGCAGGCCCGACAGCUCGUGCGCGCCAUCCCCUCCAGGCCUCCGGCACAGCUCGCGCGAGAAUUCCGAGAGGGUGUGCAGGAGCGGUACGCAACGCUGACGGACGCCCUGCGAGCCUUCGCCAAGAGUGA